CUCCCCAUCCUUUCACUUCCGCAUCCUCACACCUCUCGCCGUUUAGAAAAACCUAAGCCUUCCUUCUCCGAUCCUUCCUUCGCCGGUUAACCUCGCAUCGGAUUCCGUCGCUCUCAGCUGGGCAUCGCCAUGGGCUCCAAGCCGAAGAUCGAUCCUCACGAUGAUGGCGCCAGCCCCGGGAAGAUCUUCAUCGGUGGACUGGCUAAGGACACGACAUAUGCUGAAUUCAAUAAGCACUUCGAAAAGUAUGGGGAGAUAACAGACUCUGUGAUUAUGAAAGAUCGGCACACAAGUCAGCCCAGGGGCUUUGGGUUUAUAACAUUUGCAGAUCCCUCAGUUGUUGACAAGGUUAUUGAGGAUACUCACAUCAUUAAUGGAAAGCAGGUUGAGAUCAAAAGGACUAUUCCUAAAGGUUCAGGACAAUCCAAGGAUAUUAGAACAAAGAAGAUAUUUGUUGGUGGCAUACCAUCAAUGGUAACUGAAGAUGAGCUAAUGGAAUUUUUCUCAAAGCAUGGAAAAGUGGUGGAACACCAAAUAAUCCGUGAUCAUGUUACCAACCGUUCUCGAGGUUUUGGAUUUAUUAUCUAUGAUAAUGAAGAAGUUGUGGAUGAACUGUUAUCUAAGGGAAACAUGAUUGACAUGGCUGGUUCUACGGUGGAGAUCAAGAAAGCUGAACCAAAGAAACCUUCGCAUCCCCCACCUGGUCCUGCAUACAGUAGCCAUUCUAGGGGCCGCAGUUUCAGUGAUAGCUAUGCCGGUUUUGGUCCUUAUGAUAGCUUCGAUGGAGGGUAUGGACCUGGUCCUUUUAGGUCUCAGGGAGGCUUUGGUGGUAGGCAUGCUGGUGGAUAUGGUUAUGGCAUAGGAGAGUAUGCUGGUGGUUAUGGAUUAGGGGGUUACAGAGGUCAGUCUUCCCUUGGUUAUUCUAGUCGUUUUGGGCCUUAUGGUGGCGGGUUUGGUGGGAGUUAUAGCAGCGGUGGUCUAGGUGGUUAUGGUCGAGGAGGUGAAGGCUAUGGUAGCUAUGGAGGCCCAGGCUAUGAUGGCGGCUAUGAUUCUGGGCCAGGACCUAGUUAUGGUGGGCCUGGUGGGAUGUAUGGAAGAGGUGGCUAUAGCGGUAGUGGUCGAUACCACCCUUAUGCAAGGUAGAGAUACCCAGGCAGUUUGAUGAUGCAGUUGCUUUAGUUUUUCCAUAGAAGUUCAGUACAAGACCCGUAGAUGUGCGUCUCCUCUACAGUCACUCUGAUAGGCUCUUCUGCAAGUACUAGAAGUCUCCGAUCUAUUGCCAGUCAGGAAGAGGCUUUUGACAAUCUACUAAGUGUUGGAGUAGACUUCAAAUUUACUUGCUGGAUUAGAUAGAUGAAUAUUAUAGAUUGCUCUGUUUUGGUAUCAGGGUUCCUUUCUUUAGCUUACUUUGAACUUUAGUUUGCUAUGAAGACUUAAUAUUAUGCUACUCUGUUAUCUAGUUUGAUUUAGAUAGGCCAUGAUAGUCUUUUUUAGCCUUUUACAACUAUAUUUUCUUAGCAUGUGAAGCCAUGUCAUACUAGGAAGCUCAUCUCCAAAUCCCUUACAAAAAUUUAGAAAAUUCAUGAAAAGUGCUCUGCCUUUGGGCUUACAUUGGGCUAAAGUACGAACGUGAUGGAACGUAAUCCCCCUAUGGAGCUGCCUCAUUUUGCAUGAUUUUUCGUUUCAUUUCUACUAAUUAUAAGGAACUUGUCUAGUUUUCUUGGUUGCCUGAUGGUUUAUUGUGCAGUCACAGUGGCCACUAAACUGGUUGGCUUGGAUCAGUUCAUCAUGCUCUAAUUCUUCAUUGUGCAUAAUUAGAGAAAAUUUUAUCGACGCUCUAAUUUGCAUAGUGGUACAUAAUUAGGGAAAGUUUAUCGGGACUUGCAGAAAGUUUUCUUUCGGGGGUUCUCUAUGUGUAGUGGGCGGGGACCUUUUCUUAUUUGUAUUGUAACGAUACGCUAAAUUGUACUGAUGUUUAAGCUGGAGAUCUGCGUUAGGGAUUGUGUAGUUUUAUGAGAAGAUAGAUAAUGAGUGUAGUAGUAGGUAUUACUAUUUGGAGUAGCCCUUUUCAGGUAAUCUGAUGUAACGUGAGAUUUGUGUCUCUCUUCUUGGAGUCUCUAGGUAUCUGCCGAGGCUCGAGAUUUUGUUAGUUUCUCCUCUCUGUUUACAAAGUUGUAAAGUUCCUCUGAUCAACCGCUCUUGUAUAAAACAACGAGUUUAA